AUGUUGCACAGCGAUAUUGAGCGCAAUAAGCGUGCCGCUAAUAUAUGGACUGCGCGUCUUAUGCCUUUCGUACUUGCGGGUGUGGUUGGCUAUGUAACCUAUGUUUUAGUCGUCAUUCUUUGUGUGAAUUACCUUUUGGUCGAACAGAAAAACAGAGGUGCCGCAGUGCCUAUUCUGAUUAUAUACUUUCUGUUGUUCAUCCUCAUGGCCUCGUCUUUUUUCCGAGUUGUGUAUAUGACGACCUUCGAUCCUCCCUACGCGCCGCUCGGAGCUGGCGCUGCAAGAAUCCAGCGCGCAAGGAAACGAAAAGAUGAUGAUAUUGCCGGAGAAGAAUACACUUCAGGAGAUUUUGAUGCAUCCAAGGAUGAUCCAGAUUCUCCUGGACUCGAAUUGUUUUACACAAAAGAUGUCUUUGGUGUGGAAGGAGAUGGGAAGCCUAGAUGGUGCUCUGAGUGUUGCAUAUGGAAACUGGAUCGCCAGCACCACUGUAGCGUUGUAGGAAGAUGCAUAUACAAAAUGGACCAUUACUGCCCAUGGGUAGGAGGGCCUAUUGGCGAGAAUAAUUUCAAGUUUUUUAUUCAAUUUGUUGGAUAUACGGCUUUGUUCUGUAUAAAUGUACUCGUGGUGAUGGCAACAUACAUUCAUCAGCAACGUGACACCCAGGGCGAAUCUGUCAAUCACCAAUUAAUUGCCGUUCUCGCACUAGCUGCAUUUUUCGGCUUAUUCACCGGGACGAUGUUCCUGACUUCCGUGAGACUGACCCUCAAUAAUUUGACGCAAGUCGAAGAUGUUAUUAGACAUGGAAAGAUCCAUAAAUUAGCAAUACUAAAGCCCUCGCCUCAAAGAUUGGCAGAAAUAAGCGUGACAGCGGCUUCGACGCAAACGUACUCAGAGAUCACAUAUCCCUUAGAUAUUCCACCCCACUCAGACGGCAAUCGGAUACAUCGUCCGUACGUGAGAACGAUCAGACACGAUCGUUUAUCCGAACCAAUUUCCCUACAGGACGCAAGGCGAAUGGCCAGCCUUACAGACGUGCCUAUCAAUUCAGCAGUCGAGCCAACUGAUGAGAAUUCUCAUCUCAGAUAUUUGCGUUCAGAUUCGACGCAAGUGGGCACUGUUGAUGACUCGUCAACCACCUUGUCGCAAUCGCAAAAUAUCGAAACAUCGACGAUUGAUGAGCUCCAGCUACCGAUAGAGAAUUCUGAGCGGCUGAAGAGAGACCAGAAAGCUGUACGCACUUUUGCAAUACUUGAAACAACGUCAACAGGAGAUAAUCCUUGGGAUCUCGGAUCUGCUCUGUUGAAUUGGGAAACAGUCAUGGGAGAGUAUUUUAUUGACUGGUUUCUCCCCAUAAAGAGAAGCCCUUGUUGUAAUCACGAAAAUACAGAAAGCCACUUCUCGAUUGGUCCGUCUGUGGAUCGUAUUCGAGCAUCAGUUUGCUUUAUUCCACCUAAUGAAGUGCGCCCUGAAAGACGUCAUCGACGUAAAGAAGGCCAAGCGAGUCGAUCUAGACGACGUUUUAGCCCGAAUGAUGAAGAGAAAGGACGAAAUACGGAUGGAACAGAACUACGAGAUCUCCACACUCGCGAGACACCACGCAUCGUUCCUCAACGGCUCUCAGUAGAGCGAUUCAAGGACAGGACAAUCAUUCUCGAGUCUUCGCCAAUUGAGAGAAACCAUGAGCCUGAAUUAGAUCUGAAGAGUAGUAUGGUACAGACACCAACUGCCAGACCUUCCAGCAGACUCUUGGUGGACCUUUGUAAUGUUGCUAACGAAGAACGAAAUGACUAA